AUGGAAAAGGGCUAUUUCCUUGGAACUAUAGCAAGGAAUGCAGAUUUUUGUCCAUUGAUUUAUACAAAUUUCAAAGAGUUGCUUAAAGAUGAAGCAGAUCCUAAGUGUCAUAAUGAUCGUAUUUGGAAAUAUAUUAAUACGAAGUUCAACAUUCCUGAGAGAGGAAAAAAAGCAGUAUUUUCUCGAAUAAAUGAUGCUUGGAGACGGCACAAAUACUCUAUCAAGAGAGAUCAUUUCCUAAAGUACUCUAGUAUGAAGGAAAGAUUAAAGAACCGUCCAAAGAGUAUAUCUGAAUAUCAUUUCAAGAAAUUGUUAGUGUAUUGGAAAGAUAAUCAUGUUCAGGAUAUUAGUAAAAAGAAUGCAGGUAAUAGGAGCAAGCAAAAGUUUAUGUAUCAUGUAGGACCAACAAAUUUUGCUAGAAUUCGUGCAAAAUUGCGAGCAAAAAAGGAUGGAGAAGAAGUCACUCAAGCUGAAAUGUUUAUUGAAACUCGAAAAAGUCGCAAGGGAAAACAAGUGGAUGGGGAAACCCAAUUUGCUAUUGAUAAACUUCAAGAAUCUAUUGAAAACUCAGUUGAAGCUGGAACACAAGCAUUUCAAUCAUUGUUUGGGAAAGAAAAGCCCGGUAGAAUGGUUAGAAACAAAGAUGAUCCUCAAGAUGAACAAGAUGAUGAUCUUCAAGAUGACGAUAGUCUUCAAUAUAAUCAAGAUGAUGAUGAUCUUCAAUAUGAUCAAGAUGAUGAUGAUCUUCAAUAUGAUCAAGAUGAUAAUGAUUUUCAAUAUGAUAAUUUUCAAGAUGAUGAUUCUCAUGAACCUCAACACAAUGAAUAUGAUAAAGACCGCCAUUGA